AUGGCCAAGAGGCUUUCAAAGGGCCGCGAGCGUGUAGACCGCACUUGCGUCGUGAGGGCGAAAGAUGCGCCCCCAGAAAGCUCAAAAGCCAUAGCUUUCCCGCGAUCCGCUACCAGCUCCUUCUCGUUUACUACUCGGACACAUCCCAAACUUUACUCGCUCAUCAUGAGACGCUGCUUCGCUCCAGUUGGAUUCGCGUUCCCCGUCGACAGCUCUGUCAAGCAACGCAAUGUUUCGCCAACCAUUAGCUUGAAGACGACGACGGACUCUUCUCCAAAGCUUCACCUCGACAACACCACCGCCUGGUGGCUUCUCGGUGCAGCUCCUUCGACCUCGAACUUGGACGUGCCCAAGCUGCCCUCGCCUUCUUCGCCUUCACCAUCAACCCGUGCUCGAAAGACUGUCAACGGAGACCUUCGAGCGUGGUGGACCGACUGCGCAAGCACUUCGCCAAGCCCAGCUUCGCCAAUCGUUCCGAUCAGCCCAUUCGGCACGCCAACACUCAGUGCAAGCGAGCAAUCCGCCUUGCCAGCUCCAGCACGCGGCACCAAUGAGCGGCGCGGGAAGUCCAAGCCCACCGACGGACUUCAGCGCCGCAACGCGAUCAAGAAGGGCAGAGCUCAAGUUGCAGUUCCAGCUCCUCAUCGCCACUAA